AUGCAGCGGGAGGGAGCUCCCUCCGGGAACCCCCGGCCCCCUCAGGCCUCUCCCGGUACCUCCGGCCCGGCCGCUCCCGGUACCGUCGACCCCGCCCGGCAACGAAGCCCCCGCGGGCUGCCCCGCGACGUGCCUGAUGCCCAGCGCGGCCGUACGGCCGCGCUGGGCAUCAGGCACGUCGCGGGGCAGCCCGCGGGGGGGAACCAGCCAAAGGGAGGGGCGAGUUAUGGCGGGGCCAGGCCCGGGGAGGAGGAUGAGGAAGAAGAGGAAGCAACGCGGCGGGACGGGAUCAGUCGGGACGAGGACGCCUUCGGGAUGCCCCGGCGGCGGGCAGUGCCCACGCUGACCACGCUGUGCCUGCAGAGCCUGGCCCAGCACAUGCAGAGCCUCUGGGCCAAGGACUACAGCGACAACUACCUGGACGAGUACGAGUUCCGCUUCCUCGUGGGGCCCUUCAACGACCUGGCCUGCGAGCUGGUGCAGGAGCUGCUGCAGCUGCUGGGGACGAGCCGGCGGCUGUCGCGGGCGGCGCUGCACCUGCUGCUGCUGCCACACCUGCGCCAGCUCAGCCUGCGGCCCUGCCCCGCCCUCGCCAACAACGCCCUGGGGCACCUCAUCGUGCUGCGCUGCCAGGGCCUGAGCGUGCUGGACCUGGGCGGCUGCGGGCGGCUCUCGCCGUCCGUGCUGGUGGACGUGGCCGAGGGGCUGCCACGCCUGAGCCGCCUGGGGCUGGCCCACACCCAGGCCAACGUCCAGGUGCUCUCGGCCGUGGGCUCCUGCUGCCGCCACCUGCGGGAGCUCGACGUGUCCAGCUGCAAGAAGGUGACGCCGCGCGCCCUGCGCCACCUGGGCUACGACCCCGUGGAACGGAGCCCGGGCUGCCCCGCGCUCCGCGUCCUGCUGGCCCGCGACCUGGAGCGCGCCGGGGAGCGGGACACGGUGGCUGCCGUGGCCUUCCUGCUGCUGGCCCUGCCGUGCCUGGAGGUGCUGGCGCACGGCGCCGUGCCGGACGCGCUCCGGCUGCUCCACUCGGGGCAGCUGGACGGCACCGAGGACUCCGAGGGUUUCCCCUCGCUGGAGGAGCUGGCGCGGGGCCGGGGGGCUGCACCGGAGGGAGCCCCGUUCACGCUGCCCCUGCGGCAGCUGGAGGAGGUGGAGGAGGACGCCCUGGGCACCGUCCACACCGUGUGUCCCCAGGCCGAGGAGGUCAGCGUGUGGCUGGGGGACAGUCCCGGCCCCUCAGGGCUCCGGGAGCUGCCGGGCUGGAAGUGCCUGUCCCGGCUGACGCUGGGCUGCUCCGGGCGGCACGGCCGGGCGCUGGCAGAGGUGCUGCCCCUGGCACAGGGCCUGGGCACCCGCCUGCGCACCCUGACCCUGCACGGCUUCGGCUGCCGGGACCCGCUCUCGCUGCCCGCCCUGCUCGCCAGCUGCCCCGGCCUGCAGAGCUUCAGCGCCGAGCUGGAAGCGCCGCCAGACCCCCACACCCACCACGAGCCCCCCGAGGAGGAGCCCUCCACCCCGCCACCACGCUGGGCCACCGACCUGCUGCCCCAGGGGCUGCCCCGGCUCCAGAGCUUCUCGCUGACCCUGGCCGGGCCCGUGCCGGCCGCGCACGGGCCGGUGCUGAGCUCCACGCUGGCCUCGCUGCUGUGCGAGGCCCCGCGGCUGCAGACCCUGCGCCUGCUGGCCGUGCCCUUCCCGCUGGACUCGGUGCUGGAGCCGGCGCUGGCGGGGCCGGGGCUGCGGGAGCUGCGGGAGCUGGCGCUGGCCGAGAGCCGCGUGUCCGCCGGCGCCGUGUGGCAGCUGCUGGGCUCCGACGGGCCCCUGCGGCGCCUGGACCUGUCCCGCUGCCCCGACAUCCACCGGCGCGACUACGACAGCUUCCUGCAGGCCGUGAGGAAGCAGCGGCUGGAGCUGGACAUCACCUGGGAGUAGCGCCGGCGUUUUUAAUAAAAGUGUCACAGUCACA